AUGUCUUUCGUCGCCGCACGCGGCGCUGCUGCCUCUCGUUUACUAGCUGCUCGCCGACCUCAAGUACUACCACUGCUGACCCGCCGCUCAGCCGAGUCACGCAGAAAUUUGCUUAAUUUUCUUCGUCGAAAACCGAAGAAUACACCCUCUGAACUCGAACCAAUACUCUCUCAAGACGACCUCUUCCAUCCAUUUUCUCAAUCACCCUUUCCCGCUAUCCGAGCCCGCGGAGAGGCCAUACAAAAAUUAGCACCUUGCCCUACUUGUCUCUCUGAGCAUACCGGCACGCACGCACACACCAAAGCCCAACCAAAGAGUGUCAAGUUCGAAUGUCCAGAUUGUGGUUGGCCGACGCAUUGUAGCGAAGAGCAUUGGAAGGCGGAUGAAAAUCAUGCCAAGUACUGCUCUAGGCUGAGGGAGGUCAAUGAAGAUGAUCACGACUUGAGAAGUGGGAGAAGGAUACAGGAGUUUGAAUUACCAGGUCCCCAAGACACAGAAGCGGCCAUAUCAUUUGCCAACUGGGACGUCUUCUGGUAUACUCGGAAUUUCCCAUCUAUGGAUACCGAACGUUCUCGGCGACAUUCCAGCAAGUUGCUCACUUACCCCCUGACCAUCGGCUCUGUGUUACAUCAAUGGAGCCCCCUUAUGUUAAGUAACCAACGGCUUACUCCCGAGGGAAGCCGUUCCCUUGCAGCUCUCCGACUUACUCUCCAUGGACCUACUGGUACACCUGAGACCGCGGAGGCUGCAGCUGCGAAACCUCAAGUCCGUAUCUUCAUUCUCGGUGCUCGCGCCGAAUCAUCGUUACCACCACACGUCUGGGAGCAGCUCUGCUUGCUCUUCCCGGCCGGUCUCUUCCACCUCUUCUUCAUCGGUCCACAAGUCUCUCUGCCUAGACCACCAAAUGCAGGCCCCCCUCCGUCUUCAAAACCGGCUUCAUCACCUUCCUCUGCGCAGACAACCGCAACUGCAUCCGCUCAACCCUCCACAGACACUACCUCUACGGCUCAGUCGACCGUGGAAGGAACUACUGAGGUGUCCGAGGUGAAGAAAGAAGAGAAACCUGUCUAUGUUCCUAACAUCUACGAACCGCCCACUCCCGCACCUAUUGCCCGAAUGAAGCGAACGAGAGAAUCGAUCAAGCGCUAUGGCGUUCCCUCCUACACAGUCCCGUACACGCCACAACUGACGAUUACUGGCAUGCAAUGCAAAUACCGCGACGUCCACGCACAAUUCCAGGACACGUUCGAUCCCUACACGGACCUAUUCUUCCUGUUCUCUCCUGGCUUCGGAUUCCCGUCCACUUCGUCCGUGGAUGAAAUCACAGGCGAACCGCUCCUGCAGAUCGCGUCGCCUACGGACUGGGGCGUGGAGAUCCCUCUGUUGCUCGAGACGAAGUGCCCGAUUUUUGUGACCGGAUUCUCACCUGCGGAUGUGGAACGGGACGUCAAGUCGCUAGCGACCGCACCCGGGGUGGCGGGAGAGUUUGACUGGGUGAUUACGCCGGGGCCGAACACGUUUGGCAGUGAGAAGUGGGAGGUGGCGGACUUUGACCCAAGGGUGAUGGUGAAGACGAACUGGGGUGUGUGGGGCAUGCGAGGAAAGAGGAGAGAUGUGCAGGAGAAGACUUGGUUCAACUAUUUGUCGGCACCAUAGAUGUUAUUCUUUACUAUCAUACAGCCAUCUCCACUUCCAGGCAGUCGUAACGAGAUGAAGUUUGAGAUGAAAAUAUG